GCGCGGGCCGGCAAGCGAGUGGUGAUCACUGCAUCACACCACCAGUGUUGUGAUGAAAAUUAUUAGUGAAGUGUUGUGUUUAUGAUAAAAUAACAAAUCGAAGGCGUUCAGCCCGACAAUAAUUAUUUACACGAUUUGGGACACAUGACUCGCUAAAAACAAACAAAAUGGUGGAUACACAGCACUUCUGUCUGCGCUGGAACAAUUACCAGAGCAGCAUCACCAGCGCCUUCGAGAAUCUUCGUGAUGACGAGGACUUUGUUGACGUCACAUUGGCCUGUGACGGAAAGAGUUUAAAGGCGCAUCGGGUAGUCUUAUCGGCAUGUAGCCCCUACUUUAGAGAACUAUUAAAAUCGACACCGUGCAAGCAUCCAGUGAUAGUUCUUCAAGAUGUUGCCUUCACUGAUCUACACGCUCUGGUGGAGUUCAUAUACCACGGGGAGGUCAACGUGCAUCAGAGGAGCCUCUCCUCUUUUCUGAAGACGGCGGAGGUCCUUCGCGUCUCAGGACUCACACAGAAUGACGAUACUAAAGGGUCGCUGGUACAAAGCAUCGCCCGCGCAACUGCCGAGUCGUCUCCGCACGUAUCUCCGCAUCCCGCGCAUACCCCGCACACCCCGCAUACCCCUCACACUCCACACACUCCAAGCUACUCGGAGAAACUGGAAGAGGCCCUUCUACUGCCCCAACCCCUCAACCGCCGGAUUCCUAUGCCUCCGCGUCGAAUGUCACGCUCGGCUGACAACUCCCCGGACGUAAUAAAGCGCGCGCGCCACGACAACAACAAUGAUCAAUCACAAGUACACGACUUCUCAACAAAGAACAACUCACUAUUGAACAAUCGUCACGAGUCUGGUAAUGGGAAUGGGAUUUCGAAUUCAAGCUCGUCACCAUCGCCCAAACUCAUGGAUGACGUGAAGAACGAGCCGUUAGAUAUGAUCUGCCAAUCGAAUGCGGAUAUCGAUCGCAGUGCUGAUGAUACUCCGCCUCAUUCGCAUCAUAGACACAUGGGAGGGCCGCCGUCCCGCGCGAGCUCAGCCGAUGCCGACGACCAUACGCCACCGCCACAAAUGCCACCCUCACCUUUUAUUUCGCCAGCUGAAGCCAAGCUCUUUCCGCCAUCCCAACACCACACUUUCAACUACCCCAUGUUAACUGAUUCAUCGCUGACAGGUUUGCCGAGUCCCCUGCCUCCGGACGGCUUACCGGGAACAUCACAAGCUGUUCCGCCCCUCCGAAUGCCCCCGCCGACCGCCGGCGGCAUCAACGAGCCGCAGGAGUGUCCCUACUGCCGCAGGACAUUCUCUUGCUACUACUCCCUCAAGCGCCACUUCCAGGACAAGCACGAGCAGUCCGACACGCUCUACGUUUGUGAGUUCUGCCACAGACGGUAUCGCACCAAGAACUCGCUCACCACCCAUAAGAGCCUGCAACACCGGGGUUCCAGCGGCAUGCUGAAGCGCCUGCUGAAGACGUCGGCGCUGCACAGCGCGCUGGCCCCUGCGCCGCACCACCUGUUCGACCUGGCCGCCGCCGACCACGCGUCGCAGCUGCCCGGUCUCCAAUGACCACAAACGAUUGCUUGAAUCGGUCGGCCCUCGGACGGGCACCUCUAACUUGGAAAGGGAAAGCAUAUGUGCAAUACGGACAAUGCCAAAACGCAGAACUCUGCCGCAUUUUUUAUGUUUAAUUGUGUAUUAUAAGCGUAGUAAAAUAUUGACGUUAGUUUUAAAAAUGAACAGUAUUGUUGCGGCGCGCGCGUCGCGUCGAUGAUUGGACUUCUUGUUCUAACAGUGUUCAAAGUGACAAUGUAAUUCAGAGCAAUACUAAAGUAUUAAUGUUUUCUAGUACUGCCAAAAUAAUGCCAACUAUAUUCUAAAGGGGAUAAAACAUUUUGUAAGAUCAAUUUUCGAUUUAAAUGUCUAGUGUCAAAUUAGAUUCGGUAACUGUACAAAACGAAGCGUACAAAUUUUUAACAGUAAAUUAAAGCAAAGAAAAUAUUUUUUAAAGAGACUUUUUCGGAUCGCCAAAUCUAAAUUUAAAUACAAAUUAUUUAGAAGUUAAUAACCAAAAUUUUAGGUAAAAAAAGUAAAAAAAAAAUGUUGAUGUUAAUAAAAUUAAAGACUUCUAGAAAUCUUCGAAAGUACAAAAAUGUUGACGUCUAUUAGAACAAUAUUUGUAUUCUAUUUUGGCUUCAAUAUCGAUUAAUGAUCAAAGUAGUCGUGCCUUCGUUCGUCUUCAUGCCAUUAAAACGUUGGGACGAUAUUCCGAACUGUCAUGGGAUGCGCGAAGUGUUCACGAACGAAACGCUGACGACGACGAGAGAAGGCUUCGGGGCCUUCCGGGUACAGGGAACGAGGGGCGCAGGCCUCACGUAGCGGGUCUUGGAUUGCAUCUGCUCGACGGUCGUAUACGUACACAUGAUAAAGUCAUGGAACAAAAUGGACGUUUCUUCUGUAUAAAUCUUAGGUGAUAGGUAUUCAUUAACAUAAUUAUAUAUAAUACGUAUCCAUUUUAGGAUUUCUCUCUAUGAGGAUAGCGAUUUCUUACUUAAAUGUCGACCAACGUAGAGAACGUCUCGUUUAUGAAAAUUUAUUAGAUUAUUAUUAACAUUAAUUAUUACUAUAAAUUCUCAAAAUUAAAAUCUUAGUGUCAACCAUGAGAUGGCUGCGGAUUGUAAAAAAUAUUUUAUUUACUUAUAUAUUAUAGGAAAUUGCUUGAAUACGCGUUCGUCUGAACACAGGCCGAUUACAUAUCUAAUCAGGGUUUAACUGACGAAUUCACAUUAAAGUCUUUUAAAAGAGAUCAAAUGUUCAACAUAUCACAAUUAACAAAUAUCUAUAGAGUAAACAGAGCAGGUUUUAAAGUAUUUAAACACAGUGAUAUUUCACAAAGCCAAAGAAAAAAUUAAUGGGGAGUUUUGCCAACUUGCAUUUAUUUCUGUUAGAAUAAAAACAUUCUGAAAAGACAAAAUUUUGUGCCAUAUCUCGAAAUUGGAAACUAAACCUAACAAAAUCAUAUCAAUCGAAGUGAAUGUUUCAAAAACUAUUCACAAAUUAAAUGCAAUUAAAUAAUGCAAACUUAAUUUAGUCUUAAAAAAACUCAGUUAAAUUUCUGCAUUUAUUCAAUUUUUAAUUUCGCCGCGUUUAGUUAUCGGAAUAUUUUUAAGAGUUUCUAUAUAUUCUUUUUCGGAAUGUGUUUGUGAUAUAAAUUUAUUUGGUUUAGAUAAUUUAAGAAAUCAUCUUAAUAGAUAUACUGAAGGGCUUAGCUUUUAUGAAAAGUUUAGUUAUUUUUGUAAUGGUGUCCCCAUUCGUACCUCCAUUUUUGUAAUACCUCAGAUAUUUUGUUUUUUAUUAAUCUUUAUUUCAUGUUAACUGGUUAGAUUCCGACAGAUGAAUGAAAAAGCAGUUCGGAAGAGAAUCAUCAUAGCAUCAUUUAGAGAGCUAAGUGAAGCAAGCGGGUAGUUUGAAUUGUAAAUAUGUUCUAAGUUAGGUCGUAAAGAAUCGUGGCAUCGGGAUACGCCUCGUGAUAUUAACUAAAUAGAUUUAGAUGAAAUCAUUAUUGGAAAGGAUUUUUAUAUAUUCUACUAAUCGAUUUAUUGAUAGUGACGUAGUCUUGCGUUUAGUGUUUGAGUUGAUUGUUUUCGCUGUGCAAUUACUUCUAAAAUAUUCGGCUCAUUGAAAGCUUAUUGUUGAACGCUUUGUUGGCCUUUUCGCCCACCAUUUUCGUUUGUUUCUAAAUUUUUGAUCUCAGUAGGACAGCUGCGGAUUACAUCAAAAUGGAGUCAGCCGUUGGUGAUUGUUAAGAGUUAGGUAAAUCGUGUUAAGUUUUGGUUAUGUGUCGGCAAAAGAGAGCAGCUCAAAAUUUCAUCAAACGAAACAACAAUACAGCGAAACGUAACAAAGGUUAUUUGCAAUUUAUACCAAAACCGUGCAUUUUUACAUAGUAAGAACAUAAGUGAGAGUAAUAAAUUUAACUCAAGUACUAAUAAUUUUGCUUUUUCGCCACUCUAAUUUAUAUUUUAAGUUAAAAUGAAAUACGUUUAAUGAACAGACUGUGUUACUAAUAUAGGUAAUGCACAAUAUCUGCAACGAAAUGCCUUCAGACAGUACAACUAUACCAAUAGCCUAAGUAAAUGACAAAUUAUAUACUUUAUUGUGACAGCACAGUGACGGCGGCUGUCAGUCAGCAACAGAAACAUCACAAUAGCUGUCGGUUUAAUAUAUUCUACAUAUUUGCAUUUAGAAGUAUUAGUUUAUAAAACAAUUAUAUGAGGUGUUUUAAUGAUUGUGAUGCUGAUUGCACAGUUUCUAGGACACGCUGUGCUGUCUUCGACAGUAUUUUAUAAAUCUUUGCACACCUAACUGCCAACACGUUUUAAAUUGUUUUCAAUACCGUAAUUAAUAUAAUUGUGUAUUUAAUAUUGAAGAUUUUUAACCAAUUUACAAACUCACAAAACUUCACAAACAUUUUUGCUUCUAUCAUAAGUAUUACCUCCAAUAAUGUUAAGUAUUACAGACGUAUGUCGUUUAAUUUAAUAAUAAUAUAUAAUAUAGUUGGGACAGGUCCCCUGCUCUGGUUAUUUGAUUCGAGUGGUAUACGUUGUAUUGUAAGUUUUUGAGAAUCAAAUAAUAAUCACGAUGAUAUUAGAAUUGUCUCCAAAUGGCACAGGUUAUUUGAAUUAUGGCAAGUGUUCCACGUCCUUUAUUUAAAUGUUGUGUUUGGAGACGUUUUUAAUGGAACGCAACAGCCUGCAGCGAAAGUAUGAAAAAGAGUUUGAUACUGUAUCUGUGACCCGUGGGUCGUAUUUCAUGCUUUCAAAGCAGAAGCAAGGGGCAGAUUUACGUUUACAGGACGAGUCAAUAAAACGUGAUCAUUUAUAUUUAUGAUACAAUAAUUAUAGAUAUUGUAAAAUCUAAAAUAUAACAUUUGUUACAUAGAUUCUUCCCAUACAUACGCUAUUUUGUUAUCCACAUCCAUAUUUAAAAUGCAAUAGUUUAUCUGAUGGUGGGCUUAUUUACGUCAUUUAUUUAACUGCGCGUCAAGUUUAUAAUUUUUGGCUCAUGGAUUCGUUAUCUGUGAUUGAUUACUACACUUACUUUAUUAAAGCUUGUCAGUUAUAUAAAAGUCGUAAAUAAGGUAAUCGUCAACCGGUACGCAAUAGUUGAUUAUUUCAAAUAUUUUUAAUACUCGAUCAGCGUCGCGGGUCCGUUUAAGAAUAAAUCGACUACAAAUAAAGUUUAGGAUAAAAAUAACACCGGCUUAAGAUGGAUCGAUAUUUGUUUCGCUGACUUUACUAUAGUUAUACUUGGUUAUUUUUUAACUGUUUGAUACCUAUUCAAUCCAUUGUUGCUUUUUGAUAUCGAUUUAUAAGUCGUUGAAAUUUCUAUCUAAUGUCCGUAAAGUAUAUCGUCGUUGUGUUCUUAAAUCCAUAGCUUUAAUAUUUACAGUAUCUUCCAUUAUAUUGUAAUUAUUAUAACAUAGCAAUAGUUCCCAAUCAGCCACAGUACCUCAGUAAUUAUAACAAAUAGCAGAUUAUUAUUAGCUAUGUUAGUAGUAUCGUUAAAGUCAUCCGUUAACUGUUAUUAUUUUUGUUAUAGAUACAAUUUUCAACACUACCGCUAGAGGGCCUAAUGCGACAGUUGACGUUCAACAAAAAAUAAAAUUACAAAAAGACAGUUUUCAGAUUACAUAUUCAAAGUGACGUUUCGAUUUUCUCUUUGGUUAAUUUGGCCAGUGUUGCUAGUGUAUGAUAUAUAAUCUGCUGAUACAUUUACUAGUUACAUAAAUAAUAGUUCCGUAAAUCAAAGUGCACUUACGUCUUUUUAAUAAGGAGGACUUUAUUAUAUAAUAUACUAUACCUAGUUGCCGCGAUGCUGAUCGAGCUCUCGUUGAAACCCGUCUGCAGUAACUAUAUAAAGUAUUUACAAUGUACCCACUAAUUACAUACGAUAUAUUGCUAGAAAUAACUUUUAUCUACAGAAUGUGAGACAGUUGGCCGAUUUUGUUGAAAAAUACAUAGAGGAAAUGCCAAAUAUUUUACGAGUAAUUUGGUGAGGAAAUUAAGUACCGCACUCGAUAUGCAGUAUUACACACGUGAUGAAACCAAUACCCAAAUGUAUGCAGAUUUUUAUACUAAUACAAAAGUUUUACAAUUUCGUUGAAAAUAUUUAAGAUUUCACCUUAAAAUAUCUUUUUAAAUGUUGUGCUGUACUUAAACACUUUGCCAAAGCAGGCCAAGCCUUGAGAUAAAUUUUACUUUCGCCAUAGUGAUAUAGUUUAUUGUUUACGUUAAAAUAACUAUAUAUUUUUGACAAAAUCGUGCCACUUUAACUUGUUAUGCUUCGGUAACAUUUUAUACACAGAAAUAUUUUUUUAUGAUAGCAAUUUAUAUGUGAAUGUUAAUUAAGUGGCAAUUCUAAUUUUAACUGCACUAUAUUUUUGCUGACACGUUUAGUUUAAGAUUUUUUUAGUAAUUUAAUGUAUGCACGUCGAUCUGCGUUUUUAUUAACAAUAUUUUAUCUUUUUAUCUUUUAUAAGGUUCUUAAGUGAUACGUACUCUCGACAAAUAGAAACAUACACUUUAUUAAUUUAUUCUACCGUAAUUGAAAUUCGUUCGAGCGUAUGUGACAUUUACGCCCAUUUUUUGCCUGAGCUAAUGUGUUAUGAAAGUUAUAGUUUGCCAUCGUUGAAAGGGGAAUUAAGUUGGAGUGUUUUGUUAUAUUUUGAUGUUCUGAUACCGGGGAGGGGGUGUAAAAAUGUUUUAUAGUAUUGUGUAUGAUCGAUAAGGUAGAUAGGACCGUAAUAUCGGCUCUAGGGAGUUAGAUGUCCCCUUCGACUCGAAAGUGGACAUCGCCAGUGAAGACACUUAAAGUACUAUUGUUGUAGAUCGUAUGGAAUUCGACUGUAUUGCUUUCUUUUGUCACUAAGAAUAUUGAAUCUUUAAUAUAGCAGACUUUUUAACAAUGUCAGUAAGUUACGCGUGAAAAUGUAUUUGAGUUUCCCGCGUAAAUUGUGACAAUGACACUUCUGAUCCUCAAUAGACAAUAAUUCACACUUCAUAUAUAAAAAACUUGUUACACCAAAUUUAUAUUUUUUAAUAAAUAUCUUUUCUAUUCAUAAAUUCAAUAGAUUUUAGUGAUAAAGGAACGGUGGUGUCUUUACUUGUUUUGAUGUUGUUGAUAUUUGUGAUUAAGGAAUCAACUCGGCUGCGUAGUAGGAACAUAUCAAAAGGGUGAAUUAUUAGUACUCUAAGUAUCUUUCAAUCUUAUGUUAAGAAAUUGAGUUGUUUAAAGCGGUCCUUUAUGUUUCAUACGAAAACUGUACUUUCAAUAAUAUUAAAUAAUGGGACAAUCGGUUGGAUGUAAUA